GUUUUGGAAGACUGUCGUUUGGGUUGAAGAAAAUGAGGCCUAUCUUUUGCGGGAACUUGGAGUUUGACUCGCGCCAGACUGAGGUCGAGCGGCUCUUCAGAAGAUAUGGCAAGGUUGAAAGGGUUGAUCUCAAGUCUGGAUUUCCUGGAAUGUCCAUGCUCUUCUUGGAUGGAUGUCGUUCUCUGCAUUUCUUUUAUAGAUGUGCCCAGGCUUCAUCUUGUUGUAUUAAUCCAGAAGAAUUAAUCUGAUCUGCCUUAGCCCUGCCAUCCGACAUUCCAUCAGACACCAUUGCUUUUUCAUUCCUCAUGACUUUUGCUCAGUGUUCAAUUUCAGACAUGUUUCAACAGUUACAUAGUAGCAUCAUGACAUUGCAGCCAUUGCAGGGUUUGCUUUUGUCUAUAUGGAGGAUGAGAAAGAUGCUGAGUAUGCUAUUCGAAGACUAGACAGGACAGAAUUUGGUAGAAAGGGACGUCGACUGCGUGUGGAAUGGACUAAGCAGGAACGUGGGGUCAAGAGAUCUAGUGAUUCAAAAUCUUCAGCCAACACUAAACCAUCAAAAACCCUCUUUGUUAUUAAUUUUGAUCCAGUUCAUACAAGAACAAGAGAUUUGGAGGACCACUUCGAUCAGUAUGGAAAAAUAUUGAACAUAAGGAUAAGAAGGAACUUUGCAUUUAUUCAGUUUGAAUCACAAGAAGAUGCUACCAAGGCAUUGGAUGCAACAAACCUGAGCAAGUUUAUGGAUCGGGUUAUUUCUGUUGAAUAUGCCAUUCGUGAUGAUGAUGAUAGGAGAAAUGGCUACAGUCCUGAUAGAAAAGGCCGUGAUACAUCUCCUGAUAGAAGUUAUGAUCGUGGGAGGUCUCGUAGUCCAUACCGUAGAGAUAGGGAAAGUCCUGACUAUGGCCGUGGAUCUCAUCAUGGUUCCAGACCUGAUUCAAGAAGAAGUCCUGGUUAUGAUAGAGGGAGAAGCCCAGUUAAUGACAGAUACAACAGCCGUUCACCACCGCCCAUGGAAAGACAUCGGUCUUAAGAAGUUCAAUGAUGAUAGUGUUUGGUAGGUUUUUUUAGCACCCCUUCCCCCAACGGUUGACAUUUUAACUCUUGGAAAUUGACUUGUUAUUAGUGCUCUCUGACACUCUUGUGAUGAGUUUAAACCUCCCUGUGCUUUUCAAUUGGUAAAUUUUAGAUAUUGUCUUAGGCAGUUAUGUUUUAAUGGAUAUUUAAUUAUUUUUAUCUGUAAGUUUAUAUUUACGGUUGCUAGGACUGUCUGCAUGUAUUGUGGGGAUGGAAAUUAGUGUCUUGGUUGCUAGGAGAAAAAUGAAAUCCCCUUUGUGGAGCUUUGAGAUGCGAGCAUCUACUUUUUGGUAAUUUCCACGUACAUGUUAUUGGGUCUUGAUUGAUAGCCAUUAAAAACCUACUUUGUUGGGGACAUAAUUUCUUUUUCUUGUCUCCAUUAUGUCAUGACUCUUGAGUUGAACA